AUGACUGACAAAAAUAAAGAUUAUGAAUACGUGUAUCCUGAGAUAGAGGAUCCAUUUGUCAGUGUGGAGACCUGCAGAAAAACGGACAAAACCGAACCACAGAUAUUACAAAGUCUGAUCUCCCAGGAGAAUGGAAACAUCAAAGACUUGACUGCCGAAGAUUUUAUUUCAUUUCUGGAAAAUAUUCAGGGAACAGUAGAAAAAGAUUACCUGAGAUGUGCAGAAACACUUUUACUACCAAAACUACAAAAAUCCAAAGACAUGACAUCGCUCUCAAAGCUGCUUUCCAUUGACGAAAGUAAAUUUCAGAAUUGUGUUUUGAGAUCUCUUCAAAAAUUAUUCAUGGAGAUGGAUCUAAAUGAAUACUCGGUGGAAGUCAUUCAAGUGUGUCUGAAAAAUGUCGCACAACUUUUACAAAAAUCACAAGAGGAAGAUUCUCUUCAAACAAUUAUAAUGACGCUACAAACAGUACUUAGAAGUUGUGCAAUAGCUGUAAUGCUCCAUUGCUCCUACAGAAAGGAAAAGAAAACUGUGUUUAACAGCAUAACUAAGAGUUUGGAGACAAUAGAGAAGAUGUGGAAGAUCGGAAUUUCUAGAAGGAAAAUAAAAAACGAGGAACCAUUAAAUUACCAAAUGGUUCAGGGGAGUUUGGCUCUCGUGGCGUCUAUGGGGAAAUUUAAGUAUGGGAAAUUUUUAAAAGAUGUUUUUCAAAAUUUGGAUGAUUCUUUCACCUCCUCGGACCAAGAGGUGUCACUUGGGAAGAUCGGAAUUAGUGGACCUGUUGCCGAGCAAUACGUUAUUAUUCUGGGAAUUUUGACAAAGAUGACAAGCAAUCCACGACAAAUGUGUGAGAAGUUCGUUAGUUUUCUGCGUCCAAUACUUCAUCAAAAACAUAUGGAAAAGAGAUGGACAGAACCUGAGUUCAAGCAACUUAGAUAUCUUGUUAUUUGUGGCAUAGCAUUUGUAGCAAGAAAAUGUAUGUAUCAUAUAUGCCAAAUCAGCUCAUUCCUUCAUUAA